AUGGUGAGACCUCGUCGAACACCAGUUCGUACUGCAGCAGAAAUCAAUCGUGACGCCAUUACUGAGCUACAAGCCCAGAUGGCUUCCAUCACAACUGCCCUCCAAACCCUUCGGGUUCAACAACCAGCACCAGCCGUACGCGAGCAUGUUGCUCACGUUAACAGUACCAGAGACGAUGUUGAUGACGAAGAAAACCCGUUUGCAGACGACGUUAAUCCCUUUGCUCCUCUACACACCAACCGUACUCUAGCACCAGAUAACGUACCAAACGCAGCAGCUCAUAUUCAUUGGGAAUCGGGUUUCAAAACCGAGAUACCAGAGUUUCAUGGAAAUUCUUCAGCUGAAGAACUGCUCGAUUGGAUAGUCACGGUAGAAGAAAUCCUAGAAUUCAAACGAGUUCCAAUGGAUCAAUGUGUUCCUGUCUUAACAAUGCGUUUUCGUGGCAGAGCAGCUGCCUGGUGGACACAAUUGAAGACAACUCGUGCACGUAUUGGAAAGCCAAAGAUUAUGUCAUGGGAUAAACUUUCAUCAAAACUUAAGAAAACAUUCUUUCCUUACAAUUAUGACCAGCUAAUGUUUCAGCGUCUCCAUACCAUCCGUCAGGGAAAUCGAUCUGUGGCUGACUACUCUACUGAAUUUUUUUUACUUCUCAAUCGAGUUGAUAUACAAGACUCUGAGCGUCAACUGGUGGCACGGUUUACAGCAGGAUUACGACAACAGAUCCAACACACAAUCAAUCUCUUCCAUCCAUCAACACUGUCAGAAGCACAUCAGCAAGCUUUGACUAUUGAGGCGCAAACUAAAUUAUCCUUCUCAUCAUGGUCUACUGUUCGUUCUUCUCGACCAAAUCAGACUCCGACUGCGACAGAUGACGCUAUAUCUGUCAAAGCAGACACACCCAUUGUUCCAGCUCUUGACACUCGACAAACUCGACCAAACUCAAUUCGUUGCUUUUCUUGUGGAGAUUUAGGUCAUCGACAGUCUUCCUGCCCCACUAGAAACAAAAGAGGCCUCCUCCUUGACACUGCUGGUAAUGACGUUGAAGUAAUUUACGAUGAGGAAACUACAGAGCCACAGGAUGAAGUAGAGGUUCUUAAAGCAGAUAGCGGACCAGCAUUAAUGUUGCGACGUGUGUGUUUAGCUCCGCGUGGAACAGAUAUCAACCCUCAACGACAUAAUCUUUUUCACUCAAAGUGUACUAUUGGAGGCAAGGUGUGUAACUUCAUAAUUGAUUCUGGUAGUAGUGAAAACGUCAUUGCUGAGGAGGUUGUAACCAAACUUCAAUUAUCAACAGAACUACAUCCUAACCCCUACAAGUUGGCAUGGUUGGAUCGGAAUACUGAUGUACUCAUAACUCGACGAGCAUUGAUUUCUUUUUCGGUGGGAGAUUCGUAUAAGGAUCAAAUUCAUUGUGAUAUUGCUCCAAUGGAUGCUUGCCAUCUACUUUUAGGACGUCCUUGGUUAUCUGAUCUUCGAGUACAACAUGAUGGCUAUCGUAAUACCUACAGUUUUCGUUACAAUAAUCGCAAUUUCACUCUACAACCUUCUUUGCCCGAGAAACAACAUACACCAUCAGCUCCAGUCCUUUUCUUGCAGCAAAAAUCUUUUGAAGAAACACUUCGCGAAGAAAGAUAUGUUCUAAUAUUGAUCAAUUCGGUUGUCAGAAAGUCUUUGCCGUCACCUCCAGAACAUUUUCAAAGACUAUUGCAAGAGUUUCAGGAUAGCUCAUUAUCGUAUGAGUCCGAGUGA